AUGGAAUAUGGCAGCAGAUGGGGACUUUUCAUUCGUAACGCUGAUUGCCUGUGGUUGUGCUGCAGUUACCAUCCUGUUCCAGUUGUCUUCUCUCAAGCCAAAGGAUCAUCCAUAUGGGACCCGGAAGGCAAACGAUAUAUAGACUUCCUCUCAGCUUAUUCUGCAGUCAAUCAGGGACAUAGUCAUCCCAAGAUCAUGAAGGCAAUGGUGGAACAGGCCGAAAAGCUUACUCUAAGUUCCCGAGCCUUCUACAAUGACAGAUUUCCCGUAUUUGCUGAGCGUCUGACCAGUAUGUUCGGGUACGACAUGGUCCUGCCAAUGAAUACUGGUGCAGAAGGCGUAGAAACAGCACUGAAGUUAACAAGGAAGUGGGGAUAUCUCAAAAAAGGAAUUCCAAGAGACGAGGCCAUUAUUGUUUCAUGUUGUGGCUGCUUUCACGGUCGUACAUUAGCUGUUAUUUCUAUGAGCUGCGAUAAUGAUGCAACCCGUGGUUUUGGGCCCUUGCUACCAGGCCACCUCAAAGUUGAUUUUGGUGACUCUGCAGCACUUGAGAAGCUAUUCAAAGAGAAAGGAGAUCGAAUUGCCGGUUUUCUGUUUGAGCCUAUUCAGGGAGAGGCAGGGGUCGUCAUUCCUCCCGAUGGUUAUCUGAAAUCUGUUAGAGACCUUUGCUCAAAAUACAAUAUUCUGAUGAUUGCUGAUGAAAUACAAAGUGGCUUAGCACGUUCCGGGAGAGUUCUGGCUUGUGACUGGGAAAAUGUUCGCCCCGACGUCGUAAUAUUGGGAAAGGCAUUGGGUGGUGGAAUGCUGCCAGUUAGUGCAGUUCUCGCGGAUAAAGAUGUUAUGCUCUGCAUACAGCCCGGGGAGCACGGAAGCACCUUUGGGGGGAAUCCUUUGGCGAGUGCAGUUGCUAUUGCAUCGCUGGAUGUGAUAAGGGACGAGAAACUGGCCGAGAGGUCUGCAAAAUUGGGAGAGGAGCUCAGAGAACAACUUUUGAAAAUUCAGAAGCAAUUCCCCGACCUUAUAAAAGAAGUGCGCGGGAGAGGCUUGUUCAACGCUGUCGAGCUCAAUAGCAAAGCCUUGUUCCCCGCAACCGCCUAUGAUGUAUGCCUGAAGCUAAAAGAGAGAGGAAUUCUCGCUAAACCUACUCACGAAUCCAUUAUCCGACUAACCCCUCCACUCUCGAUAAGUUCGGAUGAGCUCAAAGAGGGCUCGAAAGCCUUGCAGGACGUGUUGGAACUCGAUCUGCCAAAGAUCAAGAAAGAGAAGCCAGCUACCGCUUCUUCUCAUACAGCUUCCAAUGUGUGUGACCGAUGUGGACGCGACCCGUGUGAUUCUUUUUGAACACGAACCGGCCAAGAUUAAUAAACAGAGGAGGCUCAGACGCCGCAAUCCCCCUCAUGCGGAUGCUACAUGUACGGCCCUUCAAAACACUCUUCGAUUAUACGACUGCUAUUAUCCGUUCCAACUCCUCCCGGCCCAACCCUCGUCUACCAUCGACAGCCUUCAGAUAUAUAGGUUUCUUAACUAGAUAAUACAUAUGUGGACACCUAAACACAUUCUUCGCCAAUGCUAGAUAGGAUCAGGUAGCGCGGUCGAGUGUGGGCCCGUUCUCGUUGGAGCUCUCGCCCUUUUAGUUACGAAUAAUGUAUUGCGUAACGAUUCUCUUGAACUUGGUAGCUCCAAUAAUGCAGCUAAAUUUGGUA